AUGACAGAGAGAGAGGGAAAGAGAGAAAUCCCUAGUGUUGAUGAAGUGUUGAAAGACAAAGAGCCUAAUGAGGAUAAGCUUGUGGAAAAUCAAUAUUUUGAGGGUAGUGGAUCCGAAAAGGGUGGUGAUGAUAAAAAGAAAAAGGUUGAGAAAUAUAUUCCUCCAUUGCCGUUUCCACAAUGCUUGAGGAAAGUGAAUAUGGAUAAGAGAAAAAUGAAAUUCUUUAAUUUGAUCAAGCAAUUGAAUAUCUCCAUCCCCCUUCUUGAUGCUUUGACUCAAAUCCCUUCAUAUGCAAAGUUCUUGAAAGAUGUUCUAUCCAACAAAAGAAAAUUUGAGGAACAAGCCACCGUGGCCAUGAGUGAGGAGCCAAGUGCAAUUAUUCAAAGUAAGCUCCCACCAAAGUUGAAAGAUCCGGGUAGAUUUUCUAUCCCAUGUGUAAUAAGGGGUACGGUGGUGAGUGAAGCAUUGUGUGACUUGGGUGCAAGUGUGAGCCUUAUUCCAUUCUCCUUGUGCAAAAAGUUACAACUUGGGGAUCCUAAGAGCAUUAAUAUGACAAUUCAGUUAGCAGACCAUUCAGUGAAGCACCCCGUGGGAAUUUUGGAGGAUAUAUCCGUGAAGAUUGAUAAAUAUUUUAUUCCCACCGACUUUGUAGUACUUGAUAUUGAAGAACAUGAAAAUAUUCCAAUCAUACUUGGUAGACCUUUUCUUGCUACAACAGGUGCAGUUAUUGAUGUGAAGAAAGGUACCUUGAGGAUUGAGGUUGCGGAUGAAAAGAUUGAAUUCAACAUUUUUCACAAGGCUAAGGAUCAUUCAUGUGUGAGAGAGUGCAUAAGGGUAGAUGUAAGUGAAGAAUCAAUUGUUGAUUGCACUUUAUUGAACUUGUUUAGCAAUGAAGUACAUAAUGUGGGAGAUGACACACUUUCCAAAUCCACGAAGCAUAAGAAGAAAAAAUUGAAAGUCAUGGGAUUUGGAAAGAUGCAUGGCUUCAAGCAUAGGAGGUGA